AUGGCUAAAGAUAAUUUAAAUUCCCCAUAUUUUGAUGAUUCUGGGGAAGGUGCAGCCACUUAUAAUAGGGUAAUUGAAUGGUUAAACGAAGCAGCUUUGUCAAAUGAAGCUUCUGUAAAAGUUGAAAAUUUGAGAAAAGUUCAAGAAUUAAUUUUUAAUUCCUCUCAGCCUAGCUUAUUAGAUAACUUUUUACAUGAAGUUUUAGUAUUUCAAAACGACAGAAAUGCUGAAGUGAGAAAGUUAAUUGUAGGAUUCAUUGAGGAAGCUUGCAAACGAGAUAAUGACAUUCUGCCAAAGGUUGUAAUGAAUAUUAAUAUGUUAUUACAAGAUAACUCUGCUCAAGUACAAAAAAGGGUAAUUCAAGCAGCUGGUCCAAUUUAUAAAAUUGCAUUAAAAUGGUUAGCCAAAGCGAAAACAAUUACGGAGGAUAUGGAAGCUGCUUGGAAAGUUUUGGGUCAAAUUAAGCAACAAAUUAUAAACAUGAUUGAUAAUGAUAAUGAUGGUAUAAGAACACUUUCUGUGAAGUUUUUAGAGUUUAUAGUUUUAUUGCAAACAUAUCCAGAAUCCGAUAGUUUGAUUAAGGAAAAUGACUUUUCAUUAGAAGAUAUUCCAUUUACUCUCAAAAUAGCUAGAAGAAGGAAGUUAGAAGAAGAAGCACAAGAGCUUUUUGAUUUGCUUAUCAAAUUUCACGGGUCCCCACAUAUAAGUAGUGUAAAUUUAAUGACAUGUAUGGGAUCAUUAGUUUUAAUAGCAAAAUUAAGACCACAAUUAAUGGGCAAAGUAGUUACAGCUUUGGAAAGCCUUCACAUUAAUUUACCACCGACGUUGUCUAAAAGUCAAGUAAGCUCUGUAAGAAAGCAUCUCAAACUUCAACUUCUAAAUCUUCUUAAACUUCCUGCUUCUUUAGAUUUCCAUAACAAUAUUACAACUCUACUUACUGACCUUGGUGCAACUUAUCAGGAAGUUGUUAAAGCCUAUCCAAAGCCUGACGAAAUCAGAAAAUAUAAACAAAAAAGAUUACAAGAAACUGCUCACUCUGAUUUGCCUUCUAAAAGAAUCAAAUUAGAACAUGAUUUUGAAGAUUCUGAAGUAGACAAUGAUUUAUGUGAAGAUAAAAAAAAAAUUGAAACAACAGUAGAUAUCACUGAGAGAUUUAUUGCAGAGCGUCUGAGUGCGGAAUUGGCAACUCAAUUGGUUAUGUCUUCAAUGGCAAAACUGCCUGACAUAAUGCCUCCACACUUUAGCUCUACUUAUACACCCAUAGCAGCAGCAGGAACAAAGGGACAAAUCCGUCAUGUAGCCAGAUUAAUGGCCACACAACUUGCUGCCAUCAAUUUGGGUCCUGGUAUUAAAUUAACUAAAAAAGCAGUACCUUCUUUAAUGGACGAAGAUGAAGAUGAAGGAAAAAGCGCAUUAAGUGUUGCAUCAGAGAUAGAAGUUAAAAAAAUUGAUGACAAAGUAAAAACAACUUUAAUACCCGCAGGAGCUAAGUUAAGUCGAUUAACUAGAUUAAAGACAUUAAAACUACAAGAGAUUACAAAACCUCUUAAAGAAGAAACCAAAAAUUCACUUAUGAUUUCGGCUUUCGAAAAAAUUUUAAGAGCUGAUAAAUCAGCUAUCGGUGGAGGGGCUUCUAAUGCUAGAUCAAAAAUUAUUACUUUCAUGGCGUCCACAUUUAGCCCUCAUAUAAGAGCAGCCACGUUGGAUUAUAUCAAAGCAAAUAUUAAAUCAAGAGUUGAUUUGGGUAUAUCUUGGUUGUACGAAGAAUAUAGUUUUAUGCAAGGAUUUAACAGGUUUCCAUUUUGUUUGAAACAAGACAAAAAACCGGAUGAAAACUACAACAAUUUACUUCACACGAUAAUAACGGAAGUUAUGUUUGAAGCAAAGUUAGAUUUAAGAGAAAGAGAAGUAUUACUAAACCGUUUAUAUUUGGAAGUACCUUUAAUAACUGACGAUGCCAUGGAUUUAUUAAAGGAUAUGUGUUGUGAUGAGAUAAAAGCUCCCAUGGGUUUAAAAUUGUUAGAGGAUCUUAUUAUUAAAAGACCUCCAAGACAAAUGAAUCUUUUAAAUGCUUUGCUUGUUCACACCUCACAUGAAAAUUAUUUAAUACGUAAUGAAGCUCUAUCUAGAAUUGUCAAUUUAUACAACAGAAAGGAUUUAUCAAGUAUAAUUGAAGAAUACUCAGUUUUUUAUUUAGGAUUUUUAAAAUUACCCUUACCACCUGAUGUACUUUUUGGAACCGACCGGGGACGUCCAGAAAAGACUGAUGCAUGGACAGAAGAAACUAUAAAAGCUUGUUUAUACCUUUUAAUGGCUUUACUUCCAAUGAAUGAGAAAAUGAUUCACGAGCUGGCUCGAGUCUACGUUUCUACAGCAGCUGACGUUAAAAGAACAAUUAUUAGACUUCUUGAACAACCUGUUAGAGGAAUGGGUAUGAAUUCACCAGAAUUAUUGUUGUUAGUAGAACAAUGUCCUAAAGGAGCCGAAACGUUAGUUACAAGAGUCAUUCAUGUUUUGACUGAUAAAGUACCACCCAGUUCUGAGCUUGUUGAAAGAGUACGGGAUUUGUAUCGGUCGAGAGUAUCCGACGUUAGAUUUCUCAUACCCGUUCUUAACGGUCUUAAAAAAGAAGAAGUCAUCGAUGCUUUGCCUAAAUUAAUUAAAUUAAAUCCAAUAGUCGUAAAAGAAGUUUUUAACCGUCUCCUUGGAACACACUCUGAAACAACGGAUUUUACAAGCCCCAUCACUCCUGCAGAAUUGUUAGUAGCUCUCCAUACAAUCGAUCCCAAUAAAUGUGAAUUAAAAGUCGUAAUCAAAGCCACAUCUUUGUGUUUUGCCGAACGUCAAGUAUACACUCAAGAAACUCUUGCUGUUGUUCUCCAACAGCUAAUGGAAAUAAAUCCCCUUCCUACUUUGUUAAUGAGAACAGUUAUUCAAUCGUUGACCCUUUAUCCUAGACUCAUUGGUUUUGUUAUGAAUAUUUUACAAAGGCUCAUUCUAAAACAGGUUUGGAAGCAAAAAAAAGUAUGGGAGGGUUUUAUAAAAUGCUGUCAAAGAACCAAACCACAAAGUUUUCAAGUUUUACUUCAAUUACCUCCUCCUCAACUGGCAGAAGUAUUUAAAGAAUGUCCCGAUUUAAGAAAUCCAUUAUUAGAUCACAUAAUGACAUUUACGGAUCAUCAGAGAAAACAUAUUCCGAAAAAUAUAAUGGACCUCUUAUUAGGCAAUCAAACCGUUUUAAUAGACGAUGAUUCUGAAUACAUACCGCCACCUGCAGUACCUGAGCUCAUUGUAGACAUAAAAAAAGAACCAGUAGACCCUAAUGAACCUCCUCCCCCUGGAAUCAUUGCCGAAUAA